AUGGCGGAUCACAAUGUUUUAGUUGAACACAAUGGUGAAGAACUUGUCGCUGCGAUGGCAGCCGCUCGUGAGGCAGUUGGGCGGUACAACAGGUUGGCUUACGAUUUGGGAGUUCGCUACCAACGUCCUUUUCACCGGGCCACCCUGCACUAUUUCUUCCCUCGACUACUGCCAGAAUCCGUGCAUGCACCAGCUCAUGAGCCCGCACCAGUCCAUGUUCCAGAACCAGUUAAUGAGCUCGCACCAGCCCACGUACCAGCACCGGCCCAUGAACCAGCACGAGUCCAAGUACUAGAACAAGUGCAUGUACCAGCACCAGCUAAUGAACUUGCACCAGCCCAUGAACCAGCACCAGCUAAUGAGAUCGCACCAGCCCACGUACCAGCACCAGCCCAUGAACCAGCACCAGCUAAUCAGCUCGCACGAGUCCAAGUACUAGAACCAGUACAUGUACCAGCACUAGCUAAUGAGCUCGCACCAGCCCACGUACCAGCACCAGCCCAUGAACCAGCACCAGCUAAUGAGCUCGCACCAGUACAAGUACAAGUACUAGAACCAGUGCAUGUACCAGCACCAGUCCAUGGGUCAGCACCAAUCCAUGUACCAGCACCAGCUAUUGGACCAGCCCCAGCUAAUGGGCCAGCAUUAAUCCAAGUACCAGAACCAGUGCAUGUACCAGCACCAGCCCAUGGGUAUUGGGGUGCCGGUUACAAGCGCCGUACCUGGCAAGGGCGGUACCAACCAUACGGUCGUGGAAGAAGGAGUAAACGAGGUGGUGACAUUAAUAUAUAUAUGUAA